AUGCGAGGGAAGUGCACCGCGACGGAGCGUCACCCCGCCCUCAGCCUGCAGGGGAAUGUACACCCACAAAAUAUAUGGACGAGACACCACCAAACACACAUGCCCUUCCAUGCACCAAUAAAUAGGAGCGAAGGUGCGCUCUGGUGUGUGGGAGUCCAUUCACAUAUUUUCAUUCCCACCGCAAUAAACGGUGAGGAAUCAGGUGCCACAGCAACGAAAAGAGGGAAACAAACAUCUAUUGCAGCACUUUACCAGCGAAAGGCAGGAACAACACAAACCGAAUUGUUGGCUGCACCAACACAAGCAACAUUCACAGGAGGAAAAAAAAACAUAAUUGUGCACCCUGCAGGAAUCCCCAACACACGACCCAGGCAUGAAGGUUUGCCCUCCGCAAAGCAAAAACAAAAAAAGAACAUAUGCGGACAUCGGCCAACAUUAAACAGAAACACAAAUAAAUGGUUGCUUGCUUUAUUCCAUUCCUUACGCCCAUAUUUUUUUGGUUGUGCUGCUGCGAUGGCCGUGCUUGCAUGA